AGGAAACAAAAUGCAACAAGCGAGGAAAAUACAAAAGGUUGGUGAGACUCAAAGGUAUGAGGAAGACCACUAUCUGGCUAUGAGCAGACAAAAUGAUGCUCUUAGACGGCAGGAACAACGCCUGACACGGCAGCUGCGUCAAACAACUGUCCAUUCCCCCUCCACUCCCACUACGCCAAAGACGAGGUCUAACACUGAGUCACUACAAGGGAGUGCUGCUAGAGCUGAAUCCUCUCCAUUGAGGUCCUCCACCAUUUCACAAGCUGCCUGCACCCCUUCCAGUAACAGUGGUCUUCCAGUUAUUUCUAGUGUAUGCUCUCUGUCACCAAGCCUUCUGAGGGACAAAAGAGUACAGUCUGUUACUCCACAAGGAACACCCAAAAGACCCAGAUUGGACAUUGUGGAGGAGGAAAGGGCAAGCCUGGUAUCCCAGUGUGAAGAGCUCAGAUUGAGCCUGCAGCAGCAGAUGGAAAAUGCUCCACGAGGAGGUACAGCUCCACACCAAACUACGGAUGCUUCAGUGUCAACAGAUCCAGGUUCAACAGGCAGAAGAAUGGACAAAAGAGUACAGUCUGUUACUCCACAAGGAACACCCAAAAGACCCAGAGUAAGUUACUUCCAAAGGAACUCCUCAGCUACAUCCUCAUCAGUGGAUAUGAGCCCACUGUGCUCUCCAUCAGUGCCUGCUGCUGCUGAUGCUACUGGUGAUAUUGAUGCUGCUGUGGAUGUCGCCUUGGAGACAAACACUGCAGGAACCAGUCUCCCCCCAGCACCUCUCCCAGAGCUGGCCAGUACCACCACCCAGACAGAGAUACCCAUAGUGAAGAAGGAAGAGGAGAGCCAAAAUCACACUGAAGGGGAGAAGCAGGUAGGGCAGAGUACAUCUAAUAAGAAUGACAAAGAACAGGUCCUUAAUCUUACCCGCCAGCUGCAAGACAUGCCGAACAGACUGCAGCCUCGCCGUCGUACAUUUAAUGCUACCAAGGCCAUCCCUCACGUAGUGCGGCCUGUGGAGGACAUCACGGAGGCAGAGCUGCAGGGGAUCUGCCAGAAUGUGCGGGAGAAAGUCCACAGCCCCACUGGAUCUACUUGUCACCAGUGCCGCCAGAAGACAACAGACACCAAAACUAACUGCCGAAAUCCAGAGUGUGUCGGGGUGAGAGGUCAGUUCUGCGGCCCAUGUCUCCGUAACCGCUAUGGGGAGGAGGUCCGAGACGCUCUGCUGAAUCCGGAGUGGCAGUGCCCGCCUUGCAGAGGGAUCUGUAAUUGCAGCUUCUGUCGCGCCCGAAAAGGUCACUGCGCCACAGGAGUGCUGGUUUACCAGGCUAAACAUCGCGGCUUUGAUAACGUGCACGCUUUCCUGACAAGUGACAGCGAAGCUGUAAAUACGGGUCCCGGAGAGAACCAGGAAUAAAAAUGAGACGGCAAGAGAGGAAGGAGGAGAGAGGAAAAUUAUUAAAAUAAUAUGGAAAAAUGCAUAAAGUAGAAAAGUUAAGAUAAUCAUAAGAUGAUUUUAAGAAAUUAAGUUCAUAAUUAAUACAGCAUUGGAGUCACAUCUUUAAUGUGAGUUUUCUCCAGAAUGGUACAGUAGAAAUGCUUGAUUCUUUGUGUGGUAAUAGUGUGGGUCAUGUAGAAUCCAUAAAUGAUGUCCUUAUGCUGUAAAUAUUCAAAAAAGUGUUUUUAUUAAACUUGGAAGUUCAUAAUUAAUACAGCAUUGGAGUCACAUCUUUAAUGUGAGUUUUCUCCAGAAUGGUACAGUAGAAAUGCUUGAUUCUUUGUGUGGUAAUAGUGUGGGUCAUGUAGAAUCCAUAAAUGAUGUCCUU